CCACCUCUCCUCUCUCUCUCUCUACGAUUAUAUAUAAAACCCUAUCUCUAUCCAUCUUCUCUUCUCUCUCAGAUUCUUUUGUUCUUUCUCUCUUCCCCCCUUCUCUCUUCAUCGGUUUCUUCCGUAAAUAUUUUUUACCAAUCGGAAGAUUUCCGACUCUCAGCUUAGCCUAGGGUUUCGUUUUUUUUCUUCGAUCUAUUAUUUUUUUUUGAGAUUUAGUUCCUUGGGUUUAAUUGAUUUAUUAUUUGAAUUUCUGGGUUGUUAACAAUUUUGGAUUAUCAGCUGAAUUAUGAGAGGGGCAGUUGUUGAGCAAUCUCAAGUUGAGAAGACUGAGGAUGUUGAUAAGGAUAAGAAGAAGAAGCGUCGAUCCAAUCGACGAUCCAAACAAAAUUCCUCUGUUUCAGAUUGUUGUUCACUAAAUGAAUUACCUGCAGAACCUUCAGAAGUCAUGGGGAGUAGUGGCACACCAAACGAGCAACAACUGCCUGGAGCAUGUAAUGUUGCUUUUAAUUCAUUGCCAACAAUACAUAUAAAUGAACAAACAGCACCACAGGAGGUUAGAAGUAUGCAAAAUCAGCUACUGUUUUCGUCUGAUUCUGGUGGAAGAAUGCUUUUAAAAUCAUAUCCCAAGACAAUUGCUUGUGAGGAGUCAAUGGGGUUAUAUGCAAGUAAGGAUUUUCUUAUGUUGCAUCAAACCUGUCAUCAGAGAAAAUAUUUUGCUCCUCACUGGUCUGUUGAAUCUGUUAAUGAGGCAUUAGAGAAAGGCAAUGUCUUUAAAGCGCUGUUUCGUGUGAAUGCUCACAACAGACUUGAGGCCUAUUGCAAAAUCGAUGGAGUUCAAACAGAUGUUCUCAUCAGUGGAAUUGCUGCUCAGAAUAGAGCUGUUGAAGGAGACAUUGUUGUGAUAAAAGUUGAUCCUUUCUCAGCAUGGACUAAGAUGAAAGGGUCUACCGGGACUUUCAACAAUUCUGCUCCGUUGGAGGAUUAUAACUCCGUCUCUGAUGCCACUGAGUUGGUUGGUGAUAGCUGCAAAGGAAAAAACAAGGUAGAUGCAGUUUAUGAGUAUGUAAAUGGUAGAAAUGGCUCAUUUUCUCCAGAGAAGGGUUUUCAAUAUGAGGCAGGUUGUUCCAAUGACCGGAAUGAUGUUACAAGUUCAGUAGAGAAGUUGUGUGCACUGAUAAGCUCAUUCCCAUCAAAGAGACCAACUGGCAGCGUUGUGGCCAUUAUUGAAAGGUCUCCUCGUCGGGAUGCUGUUGUUGGAUUUCUUAGUGUUAAGCAGUGCCUUUCUUAUAGGGAAGGUUGCAGUAAGGAAAAUAAGAAGAAAAAGAAUUUAUUGUCAUCUACCAACCGGGAGUACAUUAUGUUGACACCAACUGACCCAAAGUUUCCUAAAAUGAUGGUAUUUGUGAGAGACUUGCCUGAUGUCAUCAAGAAAAGAUUGGAGGAUGGUGAUGAAACAAUAGAAAUGGAACUUGUUGCUGCACAAAUUGAUGAUUGGAGGGAAGAAAAUUAUCUCCCGCAAGCUUGUGUCAUGCAUGUUUUCGGGAGGGGUGGAGAGAUUGAAUCACAUAUUGCUGCAAUUUUAUUUGAAAAUGCAAUUCAGUCUUCUGAAUUUUCUGCUGAAUCACUUUCUUGCCUUCCACGUGUUCCUUGGGAGGUUCCACCGGAGGAACUUAAGAGCAGAAUAGAUCUAAGAAAUAUGUGCAUAUUUACUAUUGAUCCUUCCACUGCGACUGAUCUUGAUGAUGCACUAUCAGUCGAAAGGCUAUCCAAUGGCAUUUUCAGAGUCGGUGUGCACAUCGCUGAUGUAUCAUAUUUUGUUCAACCCGACACAGCAUUAGACAUAGAAGCUCAAAUUCGAUCUACUAAUGUCUAUUUAUCGCGGGGUAAAUUACCUAUGUUGCCCCCAUUGCUUUCAGAGAAACUAGGAUCACUUAAUCCUGGAGUAGACAGACUCACCUUCUCAAUUUUCUGGGACAUGACUCUUGCUGGUGAGAUUCUGGACCAGUGGAUUGGCCGUACUGUCAUAAAAUCUUGUUGCAAACUCUCGUAUGAAAAUGCUCAGGCCAUUAUUGAUGGGCUAUUUAAUGUGGGUAGUUUUAGUACCUUAGACGGUUGCCCUCAAUUGCAUGGCCAGUUUGAAUGGUCUGAUGUUAUUAGAUCUGUUAAAAGCCUUCAUGAAAUUUCAAAAACAUUGAAGGCGAAGAGGUUUGAUGAUGGGGCAUUGCGUUUGGAAAGCUCCAAACUGGUUUUCUUAUUCGACGAAGAUGGAAAUCCUUACGAUGGUAUACUUUCAGAAAGGACGGACUCAAAUUUCCUUGUUGAGGAGUUUAUGCUUUUGGCCAAUAGGACAGCUGCAGAAGUAAUAACUAGAGCUUAUCCUGAUAGUGCAUUGUUGCGUAGGCAUCCGGAACCUAACUUGCGGAAGCUGAGAGAGUUUGAAGUUUUUUGUAGCAAACAUGGUUUCGAAUUGGACACUUCUUCUUCAGGCCACAUUCACCAUUCAUUAGAGCGGAUUAGAGAGACACUCAAGAAUGAUUCUGUGUUGUUUAAUAUUCUCUUGUCGUAUGCUACGAAGCCGAUGCAAUUGGCAACAUAUUUUUGUAGUGGAGAUUUAAAAGACAGUGAAAAUGAUUGGGGGCACUAUGCUUUGGCUGUUCCUCUCUACACUCAUUUUACUUCACCGCUGCGUAGGUAUCCGGAUAUUGUAGUACACCGGACAUUGGCUGCUACAAUUGAAGCUGAAGAGAUGUAUUUGAAGUAUAAAAGAACUAUGCAAAAACUGAAGAAUGGGAAGGAAUUGACAAGAUGGUGCUUCACUGGUAUUUGUUUUGAUAAAGAUGCAGCAGAAUCGAGUGAAGGUCAGGAAGCAUUAUCUGCUGCAGCAUCAAAACACAGAAUUCCAUGCAUGGAAAUCCUUGCAGACGUUGCUGCUCAUUGCAAUGAGAGGAAGCUGGCUAGUAAGCAUGUCAAAGAUGCUAGUGAUAAACUCUACAUGUGGUUUCUUCUCAAGAAAAAGGAGAUUGUAUUGAGUGAAGCAAGGGUACUGGGUCUGGGGCCAAGAUUCAUGUCAAUAUAUGUCCACAAGUUAGCUAUUGAGCGGCGUAUAUAUUAUGAUGAAGUUGACGACCUGAAUGUAGAAUGGCUUGAAUCAAUAUCCACAUUGUUGCUCAAUUUAUCCACACAUAAACGCUUCCAGAGGAGAGGUAGCCCAGGUAACUACAGGACAAUUGAAGAUGUUGCACUUAUUAUGAGUCCAUUAGAGUUGCCAUUGGAUUUUCCUGGAGAUAGUGGUGACAAGGGCUGUGCAAAAGGGAAUAUUGAACCAAGUAGCAGCGGCUGUGCAUCUCAAAUAGUAGGGGAUACUGGUGUAGCAUCACUGGAUGCGGCACCCAUAUCAAAAUCGGGAAUUGCAGAAGCCAUUGAAAUUGAGCCUUCUGUAUUCCCCCUCACGCUACCCCUUCUUUCAACAAUUCCCAUUGCUCUUCAUGCUGUUGGUGGGGAUGAUGGUCCCAUUGAUAUAGUUGCAAGACUGUACAUGAGCUCAUAUUUCAGGUAAUUUGGAGUUUGGGAGUCAUAUACUAGUUGUUGCAGUUGACGGAAUUAGGAUGUGGAAACAGAGUUUCGUUUUUUGUUUUUGGAAUGGAAUCUCUGUUGUAGAUAUGACAUAGAAUAUCGUUGAAGUAGUUUUUGAAACUGAAUAAUCUAUGGCUGAUGCAAUUAUGUGUUCGAUAUUGGAUAUACAUCUUGUGGGGAAUAGGCCUUUGUUUUUGUUGGCCAUUUCCACGCAGGAUAACUCGGUUGACAUGCCUGUGUCCAGUGUUUCAGUGCCAUGCAUUGGAGUUGGAGUCUGAGUCUGGGUCCAAGUCUAAUUCAUUUUGUAUCGGAAGCUUUAGCUUUGUUAGACUGCACAACCCAACUAGUUUUUAAUGUUGGGUGGUCUGUUGUAGUUGAAUUAGUUUCCAAGACAUUGAUGCACCAUCUUGGCUCUCUGGAGUUUGGUGACUGUUGCGGCUUCAUAUACUCUUUCAAUCUUUGCUUGAACUUUUUGGGAUAUGUGUAUUGCUGUGCUUCUGGUGGUCAGCAAUUUAGCAAAUUUUUGAAGGGACAAUUAAACCGACAUUGCGUUGUUGCAAUGCUAAUGAUGUGUCAUUUAAUUAUGUUUCAUAUUUUCAUAGGAGCAGUUUGGGCCAUUCUUGUGAACAUUGUUUGCUUGUUUGGUGUUAAGAAAACAUCAUAUUUGUCUUCAAUAA